AUGACUUCAACAAGACUUCCCAACUUACUCUCUUUACUACUAUUCCUCUCAGCAAUUCUUGAUUUUCCGGCCACCACGACAUCACAAGAGUGCCCAUAUCCGUGUUAUCCGCCACCAACCGGCCCCGGAAACAACCCUCCAGUGGCCACAACACCACCAUCUCCACCAGUUGUCACCACUGCCCCACCGACGUCGUUCUCUCCCCCAGCUUUCACCACCCCUCCUGCUGGUUACUUUCCAUAUAAUCCUCCAUCACCAGACUCUUUUAACGGAGUUACGCCACCGCCGCCCGAGCCAAUACUGCCGUGGUUCCCAUAUGUUUACAGAAGGCCACCUCAUCAAGAUCAGUCAUCAUCAACCGCUCUGAUUCAAGGAUCGAGAACCAUGAUCAUCAUAUUGCCUCUGCUUGUUCUUGUUUUUUGUAUUGUCUGA